ACUAUAUGAUUGUUUUAUGUUUUGAAACAGAACAUCCUUAGUUAGAGAAUUAUAUAAUCUUUGUUUAUAUUAUAUUUUUGCAUACAAAAUUAGGAAGCUAGAUAUUUCUUAUUCGUUUGUUUAUGACCAUUUUUAUCUAUAUAUACACUCAAAACCCUACAUAGAUUCAAGUAUUCUCACCUUAUUACACAUAAAUAUAUAUUGGUUCUCUCCUUACUCAAACACACAUAUAUUUUCUUUGGGCAAAACUCAAACACACAUAUAUAUCGGGAUUAUUCUCUCCGGCAGUAUGAUGAGGCAAAGGAUAGUUCUGAAAAUUGAUAUGAGCGAGAAUGAGAAAGCAAUAAAGAAAGCUAUGAAAAUCGCGUCAGCAGCAUCAGGUGUGAGAUCUGUCACGAUUGGGGGACAGAACGAUCAGUUGGUUGUUGUGGGAGCGGGAAUUGACACGGCCGAGCUAACACGUCUGCUACGGAGGAAAGUUUCUCCCACCACGUCCAUCGUCACCGUUCAAGCCGCACCGCCUCCACCGCCCCAGCGGCAGCAGCCACCGCAGUAUCAUCUGAUGGAACAUCACAACGAGAUGGCUCCGGCGAGAAGAUGCAUAUGCGAGAUACCGAAUUCAGGUUUCUGCGGGUUUUGUAGAACCACUUACCAGAUGGUAGCUCCGGUGGUCUACGUCCGUGAAGAAUCUGAUGGUUGCAGAAUCAUGUGAUGGGAAGCUUUCAACUCUGAGUUGAUAUUUGUUUGACUUUCUGUUUUUCUUACAAGUUCUGUAAAUAACUUGAAAAUUCGUGGUGCUGUAAAUAAUGUGACAAUGGGACUAGAAAAGAUUCAUUAAACCAAAAAAAAAAGUAAAAUGCAAUGUUUCAUGAUCGAACUAUACUCAAAAAAACUAUUCAAAUA